AUUAAAAGCCAAAAAACCAAGAAAUUAAAAUUUAUAAAUUUAAAUGGAAUGGUUUAAGAGGGAUAGGGGGGCUCGCUGAAGAAUUUUGCUCCAAAGCCGAAGAAGCUCAGAGCUUUCUGUGAUUUGCAGAGAGAAUCCAAAGGAAGGACAAUUGGGGAAGAGAGAGAGAGAGAGAGAGAGAGCUGCGAAGAAAAGGAACAGAGAGUUUGGAGUUACAGUUAGAGAGAGAAAGAGAGAGAGAGAGAGAGAGGGAGAAAUUUUGAAAAUUCCAACCAGGUCCUUUUUCUUCUUAUCCAAUCCGAAAGAAAAGGAUAAUUGAGAGAUUGGUUUUUGGAGAAAACCCAUCUGGAUCGUUGGAUGAUGGAGUUGGAAGGCUGAAAGUUUGACAGAUAGUGCUGAAAAGAGAUAAGAGGCUUUUGGAUAGGAUUUGGGUCUGAAUUUGGUGGCCUGCCAUUGAUUGUUUCCCGGAGAAAUGUUGGAGGGUCGGUCCUGCUUGCUUUCGAGGGUGUUUCCGAGCUCUUGCCAGCCAGAAAACGAGUGGCCAUACAUGACUUACCGCCGGCUCGACGAUAUUUCCAACAGCAAGCGCCCAUUGGGGUUUGAUGGCGGUGAUGACGACGAAGAGCAUCGAGAGAGGAAGUUGUGUAAGCUAUUGGAUUGUUGUGACAUGGUGGAGACGGAGGUGAAUCAGUCAUCGUGUGAGCAAUCGGAGGAUCAACAGCAUUCUGGGUCUUCUUCAGAUUCGGAUAAGCAUAUAAAUAGGAUUGGUAGGGACAACUUGAUCAGCUGCCUCAUUCGCUGCUCGAGGUCUGAUUAUGGUUCCAUUGCCUUUGUAAACCAGAGCUUCCGCUCGUUAGUUAGGAGCGGGGAGCUCUAUAAACUGAGGAGGCAGAAUGAUGUCAUUGAGCACUGGAUUUAUUUCUCUUGCCACCUACUUGAAUGGGAGGCUUUUGAUCCCAAUCGCGGCAGGUGGAUGCACUUGCCAAGGAUGACUUCCAAUGAAUGUUUCAUGUGUUCGGACAAGGAAUCUUGCGCCGUGGGAACCGAGCUUCUUGUAUUUGGGAAGGAGGUGACUUCCCAUGUAAUCUUUAGGUAUAGUAUUUUGACAAACUCGUGGUCUUCUGGAAUGAGGAUGAAUGCCCCGAGAUGCUUGUUUGGGUCUGCCAGCCUCAAGGAGAUUGCAAUUUUGGCAGGUGGUUGUGAUUCGCAGGGAAAUAUACUCAGCUCCGCGGAGUUAUAUAAUUCUGAGACUCAGACUUGGGAGAUGCUCCCGAGCAUGAAUAAGCCCCGGAAGAUGUGUUCUGGGGUUUUUAUGGACGAUAAAUUUUAUGUUAUUGGUGGGAUUGGGGGAAGUGAUUUGAAGGUUCUUACAUGUGGCGAAGAAUAUGAUUUAACGGCAAGAACAUGGACAGAAAUACCUAACAUGUCUCCUGGACGGAGUGGUGCAGCCAGAGAGACUGAUGUGCCUGCUGGUGAGGCACCACCUCUGGUUGCAGUGGUAAAUAAUGAAUUGUAUGCUGCUGACUAUGCUGACAUGGAGGUGAGGAAAUACGACAAGGAGAGAAGAGUGUGGCUGACGGUGGGGAGAUUGCCCGAGCGGGCAGCCUCAAUGAAUGGUUGGGGUCUUGCAUUCAGGGCUUGUGGAGACCAGCUUAUUGUUAUUGGCGGCCCUAGGGCUCUGGGUGAAGGAUUCAUAGAGAUCAAUGCAUGGGUUCCGGGUGAAGGUCCUCCACAAUGGAACUUGCUUGCGAGGAAGCAAUCGGGUAACUUUGUCUAUAAUUGCGCAGUGAUGGGAUGCUGAAGGUACACAUGUAUAAGAUUGGAUUGUCCAUCGACACAGGAGUCUUGCUAAUUGGUAACUCCCCCUUUUCUUUUUGAUUGUUAAAUCCCUUUCGGGUGGGGGACAAUGGGGAAGAAUUUUAAAUUUUACUCAAAGAUUCAAUUGAAUGUUUUCUGGGAAUGAGAUCUUGAGUAAACUUUUUUCUUUUUUUCUUUUUUACUUUCCCUUUUUCCAGCUUAUAUUGAUUUCCUCGGAUGGAAUUUGUCUUCCCCCAUUUUUAGUAACAUGAGAAAUUUUAAACCUUGGCAUCGUGUAGGAUAGGAACAGGUUCAAUAAUUUGAAGUACCAACACAUCGGUAGGUUGUCUGUAGUGCCUGCUGAAGCUUUUUAAAAUACACACAACUAGUCUUACGGGUUUCGCCUUCUUGAUUGUAUUUGUGUUGUCUUCACAAGAGGAAAUAAAUUAUGAAGGUUGUUAUCUUUGA